GGGCAGCCAAGCGACAGGAGCGCCUCAUACGAGAAGCAUGGAACGAUAUCUAACUGCACCAUCGCACUGCGAUAAUUUGCAUCCACAAAAAGUGGUCGCCGCAUACAAAAGAUUAUGCCCCUUACACCUUGCCCAUGUCGAGAAAGCAGCAAAAGCGUCAGCGCAAAAAUCUCACUGUUUCGGACGGACUUGAUGAAGUGGCCGAUCUAGCCUCAGCCGUGGCAAAUUCUGUACAUGAGAGCACUCAAGGUCUUGAGUCUCACGAGGCGCAAAACUUCGCUAAUUUCGCCACAUAUCCCAGCACUUCAUCGGUGCUUCCCCUAUCCACGCAUGGCGAUGCAAAAAACUCGUUACCCACAUUUUUGAUAAAGAGCAAGGAGUUCACGCAGGGUAAACUCAAGAGUGUCGCCGAGCUUCAGCAUUCGAUCUCUUCUCGCCGGCUUGUCUAUUCGGAAAGAACUCCUCUAUUGCCUUUGCACUCGAGCCCCGAACCACAUAAUGAGGAGACACAUGACGAGGAGCCACAGGCCCAGUCCUUUAGCAGUAGCAGGGCAAUAAGGCUUGCUGCAGGUCUGGCGAUAGUGGUCAGCGUCGGAUUUCUUACUGUGCUAUGGCUUUGUGAGGAGAUUAUGAUCGCAUGGCGGUCUGCUGGUUGCGCCGUGGCAAAACUAGCUGCCUUUGUGUGAUAAAUCGUUGCUCCUCCUUCUGCGUUAAUUUCUGUAUGUACAAGAUUAUAUGUCCCUUCAACCCGAUUACGCGCGUCUGUCCUUGACCUUCAUCUUAUUAACGCGCUUGAACUUUCUGGUUCUGGCAAACUUCUUGAUACCCCACAUGGACUGUGAUACCUUGUUCGACUUG